AGUCUCUACCGGUUAUUGGCUUAUCAUAGAGAAGGUCAUUUACUCCAGUGUAUCACGUUAUUUUGUGUUGGUGUCAGAUUGGGUAUAAGUUGGCUUGAAAAGCUCCUAUUUGAAUAUGUCAAGACUGUUUUUGCUAGGAUCCAACUCUAUAAAGAGUUUGGGCUCAACUCUUCGAAUUACAAGGAAUUUGUCAACUAUACACGGCAAUAUAAAUGCCCUUGCACCCAAAGUUCGUCAAUGGGUUGAAGAGAAUGCGAAACUAUGUUCCCCAGAAAAUAUUCAUAUUUGUGAUGGAUCUGAAAAAGAGAAUAAAAAUUUACUGAAUCUUCUUCAAUCCAAUGGUCAAAUCAAGCCACUCCCGAAAUACAAAAAUUGUUGGCUAACAUUGACUGAUCCAGCUGAUGUUGCCAGAGUUGAAAGUAAAACUGUCAUUGCAACACCAAACAAACAGGAUACAGUCCCAAUAACUAAACCAGGAGUAGAAGGAAAGUUAGGUAAAUGGAUUGCUCCAGCAGAUUUGGAUAAUGAAUUAAACCAAAGAUUUCCAGGAUGUAUGAAAGGGCGUACUAUGUAUGUUAUACCAUUUAGCAUGGGCCCAGUAGGAUCGCCUCUUUCUAAAAUUGGCGUUCAAGUAACAGAUUCUGCAUACGUUGUUGCAAGUAUGAGGAUUAUGACAAGAAUGGGACAAAAUGUAUUAGACACAUUAGGUAAUGAAGAUUUCAUCAAAUGUCUUCACUCCAUUGGUCAACCCCUUCCAAUGGAAAAACCCUCCAAAAAUAACUGGCCUUGCAGUCCAACCAAAACAAUAAUAUCUCAUAUACCAGCUGAAAAUAAAAUUGCAUCUUUCGGGAGCGGUUAUGGUGGAAACUCUCUUCUAGGAAAGAAAUGCUUUUCCUUGAGAUUGGGUUCAAUUAUAGCAAAGAACGAAGGCUGGUUGGCUGAACACAUGUUGAUCCUUGGUAUCACAAAUCCACAGGGAGAGAAGAGAUAUAUUGCUGCUGCUUUCCCAUCUGCCUGCGGAAAAACCAACCUGGCUAUGAUGGUACCUUCCCUGCCAGGAUACAAAAUUGAAUGUGUUGGAGAUGAUAUUGCUUGGAUGAGAUUCGAUUCUGAAGGUCGUCUUAGAGCUAUCAAUCCAGAAGCCGGUUUCUUUGGAGUUGCACCAGGAACGUCGAAAAAGACAAACCCUAAUGCUAUGGAAACUAUCCAAUCCAAUACUAUCUUUACCAAUGUUGCUGAAACAUCUGACGGAGGAUUUUAUUGGGAAGGACUUGAGGAUGACAUAGAUAUUAGUAAACUACAAAUUACAUCUUGGAAGGGUCAAGAAAAUUGGACUCCUGGUAAGGAACCAGCCGCUCAUCCAAAUUCUAGAUUUUGCACCCCAGCAUCUCAGUGUCCCAUGAUUGAUCCAUUGUGGGAAUCUCCAGAAGGUGUACCAAUAGAUGCUAUUCUUUUUGGAGGCAGACGUCCUGCUGGAGUUCCUCUUGUUUAUGAAGCAUUUAACUGGCAACACGGUGUAUUCAUAGGAGCUACUAUGAGAUCAGAAGCCACUGCAGCUGCAGAACAUACCGCUAAGCAAAUCAUGAAUGAUCCAUUUGCAAUGCGUCCAUUCUUUGGUUAUAAUUUUGGUCACUAUUUAGACCAUUGGUUAAGUUUUGGGUCAAAAGGCAACUUGAAACUACCCAAAAUUUUCCAUGUUAAUUGGUUUAGAAAAAAUAAUGCAGGAAAAUUCAUUUGGCCUGGAUUUGGAGAAAACAGUAGAGUUUUGGACUGGAUUGUCCGAAGAUGUGAGGGAGAGUCCAUCGCUAAGGAGUCAGCUAUUGGUUAUUUACCUGCAGAAGGAAGCUUGAACAUUGACGGCUUGAAAAACGUUGACAUGAAGGAGCUAUUCCACCUUCCAAAAGAAUUCUGGGAAAAAGAAAUUGUAGAAUUAAGGGAGUAUCUUACUUCCCAAGUCGGUGAUGAUUUACCUGAUGCUGUUUUAGGCGAAUUAAAUGCUCUUGAGAAAAGAGUAAAGGACAUGGAACUCGUAAAAUAA